CUCAGUGAACAGACGACUGCUCUUCUCUCUGCUACACCUCUGAACUACUCGGUGUGAAUAAAACAAAGGCAAUCUAACUGGACAUAGUUGUUUUCAAAAAGAAGUCAAAGAGGUACAGUAACUAUUCUUGCACAUGCAAGUUAAAAUACCAAGAGGAUUUAGAAACAGACUUGAUUUUCAACGUCCUGAAAGUGAAAGUAAAGUCUGUGGGAGAGCUACAACUUGAGGGAAAUUUGCCUUGUGGACGCUGUUUGCUUUUAUUAAUGGAAAAUGGCUUCAAGACUAGAGGAGGAUCUAUCUUGUCCUGUGUGCACUGAGAUCUACAAGGACCCUGUGGUCCUGACCUGCACUCAUAGUAUCUGUAAAGCCUGUCUGCAGCAGUUCUGGAACACCAAAGGAUCCAGAGAAUGUCCGAUCUGCAGAAGACCAUCAAAGGAAGAGCCUCCCCUCAACCUUGUGCUGAGAAACUUGUGUGAGACGUAUGUACAGGAGAGAAGUCAGAGAGGAGCACUCUGCAGUCUCCACAAUGACACACUCAAGCUUUUCUGCCAUAACGACGAGCAGCUUGUGUGUUUGGUGUGCCGAGACUCAAAGCAGCAUAAGAAUCACAACUUCAGUCCCAUUGUUGAAGCAGCAGCUGACCAGAAGGAGGAGAUUAAGACCAGUCUGGAGUCCUUAAAGGGGAAACUGAAGGAUUUUGAAGAAACUAACAUCACCUAUAAAGAAAUGGUAAAGCAUAUUAAGACUCAGGCCCAGCACAUAGAGAUGCAGAUCAAGCAGGAGUUUGAGAAGCUUCACAAGUUUCUACGAGAUGAAGAGGCAUCCAGGAUAGCUGCACUGAGAGAGGAAGAGGAGCAGAAGAAUCAGAUGAUGAAGGAGAAGAUUGAGAAGAUGAGCAGAGAGAUCUCAGCUCUUUCAGACACCAUCAGAGCCAUAGAAGAGAAGAUGGGAGCUGAUGAUGUCACAUUCCUGCAGAACUACAAGAGCACAACACUGCAGGAUCCAGAGAGGGUUUCAGGAGCUCUGAUCAAUGUGGCAAAGCACCUGGGCAACCUGAAGUUCAGAGUCUGGGAGAAGAUGCAGGAGACUGUUCAGUACACUCCUGUGACUCUGGAUCCCAACACUGCACACCCACAACUCAUCCUCUCUGAGGAUCUGACCAGUGUGAGACGUGAUGAUGAGAAACAGCAGCUUCCUGAUAACCCAGAGAGAUUUGAUUACUAUGCCAGUGUCCUGGGCUCUGAGGGCUUUAACUCAGGGACUCACUGCUGGGAUGUGGAGGUUGGAGAGAACACACUGUGGGCUGUGGGUGUGAUGACAGAGUCUCUCCAGAGGAAGGGAAACUUAACCUCCAUGAGUGGAUGGUGGUAUGUGGGGUAUAACGGUGCUGCAUAUAGAGCAUAUGCUCCUCCUCAUGCCUCCACUGUCCUCACAGUGCAGCAGAAACUCCAGAGGAUCAGAGUGCAGCUGGACUGGGACAGAGGAAAGCUGUCAUUCUCUGACCCUGAUAAUAACACACACCUACACACUCUCAAACACACAUUCACUGAGAGAGUGUUUCCAUACUUUAAUACAGCUGAAUUUCCUCUGAGUGUUGUACCAGUGAAGGCCUCUGUGUCAGUAGAGCAGCCCAGUUAGAGCAGAAACUGUCUCUGUCUGAACAAGAGCCCACAUGCAGAGAUGGAUGGAGACAUUUGGGUGUCAGUCAUGAGUCACUCACACAGUAACUGCAGUCAAUCUGAUAUCUGACCUGUGAGGCAUCAUCUUCUGGGUACUUUAAUUGAUUUCGGAAUGUUCUGAUUCUCCAUGUUGAAUAUCCACUAAAAACAUUUGCUGGUGUUGUGCCAUUUAUUAUCUAAGACAGUUUGUCUCUGUUGCUGAUUGGUUUGCAUGUGUGCAUUUUUUGAUGGUUUCUGUUGUCCAUGUAUGUUUUUCUAUACUGCUGCCACAAGUACAACUACAGUGAAUAUCUGUUAUCUGUUCUGAUCUGUGAGGCAUCAUCUUCUGGGUAGGCAACUUGAAUUGAAAAUCUGAUAUUCUGUGUUUAGAAUCCUCUGAAAUAACUGCUGAUUGUAAAUGAUUUAUAACACAAUGAUGGUUGUUUGAUAUCCAGGUCUGUGUUUCUACACUGCUGCCACAAGCACAUCAAAAUAUCAGAUCAGUAAAUGAUGUGGACAUUUCUGUUGUCUCUCCUGUUUAGAGCUCAGCUCAUUUAGAGGGCCAUCUGGUGGACAUUGUUGGAAGGCAAUGAGCACCGUACACAU